AUGCCAUCGUGCCGGGGCACGCCAGGUUCCGUCGGCGAAUACCAGGCAGUCCCUCAGGGCUCAGGCUCAGACCGGCAUGCCAGCUACGACUCGGCCUACACUGGAGGCUACUUUGAUGUGCCAGACCGCAGCCAACGCACCAGUCAGGGGUCGAGCGCGUGGAUCGGACUGCAUCGUGGGAGCACAGAUUCUCAGGGUACCUACGCACACCUACGCCACUGGAGCAAUGCCAGCGAGGCAAGCAGCGAUCACGGGAGCGGAGGCACCAGGACACCGUUUCAGGAGCUCGACUCAACACCAUAUGUCCCGGAGCUGGCAGCUACGCCUGUUCCUGAUGCCGUGGCUGAGGCACGCCGUCGGUCGGCGAGUAACCUUUCGAGUAUGAGUCGACCGCCGGCCGUGCACCAGCGUCGAAGGAGUAGUGAGGGCGGUAGUGGCAGAGGAAGAAGCGACAGCUCGGCUGCUGGUGGGUUGAGCGUCGUGAGCGAAGACACGGAGGUGAUAGGACAUUAUGGUCCUUCGGAUCGGGCGACGGGUCAAACGUCGGUCGGGAAGGAGGGACUAUCAUCCUGA